AUGGCAUCGUUACUUCUUCUUCCUGAUGAAUUGCUCUGCCGUGUGGUUUUUCAUCUUACGGAUGGCAUUCUAGUUCUUGAGUCCAAACGCCGCGAGUCUCGCUUUCCACGUCAGGAGAAGCCACAUCACACAUACUCGUCCAUACGGAACCGUCUUCGAAACCAUGUUUCUGAUGUACUUAGUCUAUCACUGACAUGCUCUCGUCUUCGCCGAUUAUGUGGACUGGCACUCUUCGGGUUUACUAGCUUGAUUCGCUCGAGCGAAAUCGACUCUAUAUUGUCUUAUCCUCGUCGAAUGGAUCGAUGGAGCAACUCCACAUUAAUUACCGACGAGUUCUGGAGUUUAUUACAAGAGCACGCAUCAGAAUCGCUCAAAAUGUCAACUUUUGUGGAUGACUUGGAAAUUGAUAACCGCUUUCUCGAACAUUUGGACAAGUUUCGCAAUCUCCACUCAUUAAAGGUCUUGGAUAUUCCAUAUACUGGGCCAGUUCUCAGUAUUCCGAUAUUGGGAAGUGUUAUAUGCUUAUCCAUAAACGCUGAGACUCUACUUCGGCUACAAGACAACGUUUUUCCUAGUUUGGAAAGACUUGAUUUGAUUACAGAUAUACAUGCACUUGAGCCUGACCAGGAUUUGAAUCGUUUGGCGAAGAAUGUCUCCACAGUCACAACAUUGAAUUUAUUCGUCACAGAAGUCAACAUUCUCCGGUAUGAAGCGAUCCUUUCGUUUGUAACUUCCGUGAUGGAGAAUGAUGAAUUGGAACAUUUUGCGCUUAGGGCUGUCCGCAAAAAAGGCCAAAGAGCCCAACCUCGUUUUUGGAAUGUUGCCCAUAAUUCCGGUUCAAAAUUUAUUGAUUCGUUGUGCUCUCAAGAGCUCCAAACAUUCAUGAUAGAUUACGAGUUUCUCAGCAAUCUUGAGUUUUCUCAACAAGAGACAGAGGGCAAUCCACAUCGGCAGCUAGAGCGUUUCACUUUGGUCGACCUGGUACUUGCGCUUCCGAAGAUCGAUCAAAGUCAGCUGAGGUUGAUCGGACGUGUAAUCCAGUCUUUGCAACCUAAAGAGUUUGCAUUCGCAUAUGGCGAAGUCAUUGCCCAAUCACAUUUCCAAGCUUUUGCUGGAAUUCAGGCAUUUUUAUCCACAUUGGAAUAUUGCAACAUUCGAAUCGUCUCGUUGGAAAAAGUAUGGUCUAUGGUAGAUGAUUCUUUGGUUCGUAAGUAUUAUGAAGAGCUUGUCGAGACAUACGAUAGAUCAUCGGGCAAAGAUCGCAAGUUAUUGAAGCAGAAAAUAGCUGCUGUAUCUUUGACGGAAAAAUUGCUGUUUUCAACACCUCGCUAUCAUAAUCGAGAGUAUUAUGAGUUAGCGUACACUCCAGAACCAAGCUUAUCACCAUACAACGCUAAUGAAACAUCACCAGACGAUUUUUGGGCAGUCGAAAGCUCGCUCCGAGAUCUUGAACAUUAUUGUCUCAAAGAAAAAGCACUCAGUUCGAUUUGGGAUUGA